AGAGGAUCAGCUCUGCCGGGCUCUUCGGUGAUAUAGACAAUCUAGCCUGAUCACCAAGAUGCCGACAAUACAUGCUCCUCCUCUGCACCCUCCUCCUUCAUCCGCCAGGCCUGUUCCAGGGGUCCAAGUAGAUGGAGAUGGUGUACCGGACGAACCACCUCCAGCCUACUCUGCUGCGCCCGGUCAUCAGUCUAUCGCUCAGGGACCACAGUACAUGGAUUUUAGCGGUCCCCCACCAACGAAUAAUAGCAGCAAUAGUUUCGUACCACAACAUACCGGGAUGCAAGCAGGUCCGAUGCGGCCGCAGUUCUCGGGCAAUGCGAAUCAUAGCUGGGCGGGACCCUCGACGUCCCAGUGGUCUCCUAACCCGGGAUCGCAGAGGUUACCGCCUCCGGGUGUGCCGUCACGGCCGGGACCUGGACCUGGAAGUUCAGUACCACCUGGUUCUGGACCGACAGAAGUACCUACCCCGGGAAGGCCUUUGUUGAGAGAUGGCAAGGUGUUGAUCUAUCCGAAAGGUCAUUUCUGUUCGAAAUGCUAUAAUACGGGGUUCAAGAACGAUGACCCAUACCACCCUUGCAAAAAUUGCUGGAAGAAACAUUCUAAACCCUAUACCCAGGCCAUGUCCUACUCCUGGCCUACCGACACGACUGACAAUAUCGAUACCACGACGAGCGCGAACAACUAUCAACGGCCAAUGGCGCUCUCCCAGAAUCUCAACCAAGUCGGAGGACAGCCAUCGUACCCACAGCCUCAACGGCCGAUAAUGAACGAUAGCGCCUUCCGACCGGGGAUGAUCGCAAGCGGAGGACAGACGAAUCGAUUACCUUCGGGUUAUUUUCCCGGAUAUCCUGCUGGUAACGGGAACGCUGGACCACCACCACCUCAGUCUCAGCACUAUCCGAUGAUGCCCCCCCGUCCGAGUCAUUCUCAUUCGGGUUAUCCGGGUGCAGGCGGAGGCGGACCGGCGCAGACCAUGUUCGUCUCACACGGAGGAAAUGGGUAUGGAUGGGGUGGGACUCGGCCACCGCCUGGGGCGCUCGUCGUUCGUCCGGGAGAUCCUAGGCUGGGAGGCACGCCAUGUUUCAAGUGCGGCGGUACCGGGGAGACCGUCACCUUUUUCAGUUUCGACAACGAUCUCUGCCGAGCAUGUCAAGGCGUCGGUCGAGUAUAUUGAAUGCCAUCCGGCGUUGCGAAUCGAAUUGCGCAUUAUAGUAAUCUUGUACAACAGCAGC